AUGUGCGUACUCACAAAAGAUUCCGUGACAGUCGCUGUCGAUGCCGUUGUAUACUAUCGGAUCUACAACCCAGUGGUGGCCAUAACUAAUGUUGAAGAUGCGGAUCGAUCCACGCGUCUACUUGCUGCGACCACACUUCGAAAUGUUCUUGGCACCAAAAAUCUCUCCGACAUUCUCUCUGAGCGUGACUCGAUCUCUGGCAUGAUGCAGACCAUGUUGGAUGAGGCAACUGAUCCCUGGGGAGUUAAAGUGGAGCGUGUUGAAGUGUAA